UAGCCUGGCAGCCUGUUAGAGGAAGUAGCGAGACAGGAAGAGGCAGCCUUGGGAGCGUAGAAGGGGGUUAUUUGGGGAAAGGUGGCAGGCCUCGGGACCUGGGCCUGGGAGCUUUCGGGCGGCUUGCUUCGGUGAGAGGGGCGAGAGGGCCUGCUUCAAAAUCCUGCCUUUGUUACUUAUCACUACGGAUCCAGCCAAGUGACUCACUGGCCCCGGGUCUCAGUGGCUUCAUCUCUACUGUCCCUGGAGUUUGGACCAGACCAAGGCUCUAAGUUCCGGCCUCUGCCUAUCCCUCCCCAGCGGCCCCUCUGGCCACACAGGCUCAAGGCCUCUCCGGUGUCUCUCUCGCAGGCCUACAGCCGCCCCUCCACGUGCCUGCCAGAACGAAGCGGGAUAUGGGCCAGCGGUGGCUUCUGGGGGCCCUGCUCUCCAUCCUGACGCUAUGGCCUUCUCCGACUCGGGGAGCCACCCGGGUCUACUAUCUGGGCAUCCGAGAAGUCCAGUGGAAUUACUUACCACAGGGGAAAAACAUCAUCACCGGCCAGUCACUGGGAAAUGACAAGAUGGCUGCCGGUUUCCUGGAGCCCGGCAGGAACCGAAUAGGGAGCGUCUACCGUAAGGUCGUCUAUAAGGAAUACUCAGAUAGCUCCUAUACGCAGGAGGUGCCCCAGCCGGCCUGGAUGGGCUUCCUGGGCCCCGUGCUGCGGGGGGAAGUGGGGGACGUCAUCCUGGUCCAUCUGAAGAACUUCGCCAGACGCCCCUACACGAUCCACCCCCAUGGCGUCUUCUACGAGAAAGACUCUGAAGGUUCCCUGUAUCCAGAUGACACCUCUGGGAGACUGAAAGCAGAUGAUGCCGUCCCCCCCGGGGGGAGCCACACCUAUAACUGGACUAUCCCCGAGGGCCACGCACCCACCCACGCUGACCCCGCUUGCCUCACGUGGAUCUACCACUCCCACGUGGAUGCUCCCCGAGACAUCGCUUCCGGCCUCAUUGGGCCGCUCAUCACCUGCAAAAGAGGAACCCUGACCGGAAGCUCCCCUCCCAGGCGACGGGACGUGAGCCGAGACUUCUUCCUCCUCUUCAGCGUGGUGGAUGAGAAUCUGAGUUGGCUCCUGGAGGAGAACAUCGCUUCCUUCUGUUUGGACCCUGCCUCAGUGGACCAAGAGGAUGAAGCUUUCCAAGAGAGCAACAUGAUACACGCGAUCAACGGCUUUGUCUUUGGGAACCUGCCUGAACUGAGCAUGUGCUCCGGGGAGCACGUAGCCUGGCACCUGUUCGGCAUGGGCAACGAGGUGGACGUGCACACGGCCUUCUUCCCCGGGCAGAUGCUGACGAUCCGGGGCCACCGCACCGACGUGGUCGCCCUCUUCCCCGCCACCUUCGUGGCCGCCGAGAUGGUGCCUCAGAUCCCUGGCAGGUGGCUACUGAGCUGCCAAGUGAAUAGCCACCUGAGAGAUGGCAUGCAGGCCCUCUACGAGGUCAAGCCAUGCUCCUUGACCCCCCCAAAAGCCACCCUUUCGGGCCGAGUCCGCCAGUACUUCAUUGUGGCCUCCGAGGAGAGCUGGGACUAUGGGCCUACAAGGAGAGAUGGAAAGACUGGGAAGAGCCUCCAGGAGCCUGGCAGCGACGCAGAAAAGUUCUUCCAGAAGAGUUCCAGUCGGAUCGGGGGCAGUUACUGGAAAGUCCGCUACAUCCAGUACACGGACGAGACCUUCCAGACGAGGACGCCGCAGUCGGAAGAAACCCUGCACCUGGGCAUCAUGGGGCCGGUGAUCAGGGCCGAGGUGGGCGACACCAUCGAGGUAGUGUUCUACAACCGGGCCUCCCAGCCGUUCAGCAUUCAGCCGCACGGUGUCUUCUAUGACAAGGACUACGAGGGCAUCGUAUAUAAUGACGGGUCACAUCAGCACGGCUUGGUCGCCAGGUCCUUCGAGAAGGUCACGUACCGCUGGACGGCGCCCCCCCACGCCGGCCCCGCCGCCAAGGACCCGGCCUGUCUCACUUGGAUGUAUUUCUCGGCCGUAAAUUCCGUGAAGGACACCAACUCCGGCCUCGUGGGGCCCCUUCUGGUCUGCAGGGCGGGCUCCCUGGAGGCCAGCGGCAAGCAGAAAGGCGUGGACAAGGAGUUCUUUCUUCUCUUCACCGUCUUUGACGAGAACCAGAGCUGGUACAGCGGCACCAACAAGGACGCCGCCAUGUUGGACCAAAAACACCUCUUGGAGAAUGAUGAGAGCUUCCUAGACUCCAACAAGAUGCACGCCAUCAAUGGCUUUGUCUUCUCAAACCUGCCUGGGUUAAACAUGUGCCAGGGGGACACGGUGGCCUGGCACCUCCUCACCCUGGGCACCGAGACAGACAUGCACGGAGCCAUGUUCGAGGGCCACACCAUCCAGAUGCUGGGCAUGAGGAAGGCUGGAGCUUCCCUCUUCCCUCACACUUUCGCUACGGCGCUCAUGCACACAGACACUCCAGGGAGCUUUGAGAUCUACUGCCAAGAAGGCAACCAUCUCCAGGCGGGAAUGAGGGCGUCUUACAACGUCUCCAAGUGCCAGGGCGGCAGGUCCGGCGCCCGGGCCCAUUACCACACGGUGCGCACCUAUUACGUCAUGGCCGAGGAGGUGGAGUGGGACUACUGUCCGGACCGGAACUGGGAGAGCAACUGGCAUAACGACUCAGAGGAGGGGAGCUACGGUCAUGUCUUUCUGACCAAUGAAGAUGGAUUCCUGGGUUCCCGGUAUAAGAAGGUUGUGUACCGGGAGUACACUGAUGGCACCUUCAGCACACCCCGACCAAGGACAGGUUCAGAAGAGCACUUGGGAAUUCUGGGACCACUGCUCCGGGGAGAGAUCGGGGACAUCCUGACUGUGGUGUUCAAGAACAAUGCCAGCCGCCCCUACUCUGUCCAUGCCCAUGGGGUCCUGGAGCAGGGGGCAGGCUCGGUGCAGCCUGCUGAGCCCGGUGAGGUGAUCAUGUACCAAUGGAACAUCCCCGAAAGAUCUGGCCCUGGACCCAACGACUCGGCCUGCAUUCCCUGGAUCUAUUAUUCCGAUGUGGAUCCCAUCAAGGAUAUGUACAGUGGCCUGAUAGGGCCCCUGGUCAUCUGUCGGAAGGGGACGCUGAAGGCCUCUGGAGGCCGGAGAGAUGUGGACCGGGAUUUUGCCCUUCUGUUCCUGAUCUUUGACGAGAACCAGUCUUGGUACCUGGAGGAGAAUGUGGGAGUCUACGGGUCCCCAGAAUCAGACUACAUCAGCCUGCAAGAUGAGACCUUCAUGGAAAGCAACAAGAUGCACGCCAUCAAUGGGAAACUGUACGCCAACCUCAAGGGACUGACCAUGUACCAGGGCGAACGAGUAGCCUGGUACAUGAUGGCUAUGGGCCAGGAUAUUGAUUUGCACACCGUCCACUUCCAUGCAGAGAGCUUCCUCUACCGGAGUGGGGACAGCUACCGAGCUGAUGUGGUGGACCUGUUCCCGGGGACCUUCGAGGCCGUGGAGAUGGUUGCCAGCAACCCUGGAACGUGGCUGAUGCACUGCCACGUGGCCGACCACGUCCACGCUGGCAUGGAGACGCUCUUCACUGUCCUAGCCCAAAGCGAGUCCAUGAGCACCACAAGCAAGAACUCAGGGCCAGUGACAGCCUCUGAAGAGAUGGAGGGGGCCAGAAUCCAGAUCCUGGGUAUGGCGGUCCCCAUGGAACACGUGGAGACACUAGCCUUGGCCCUCAUCAUUCUGGGGAUCAUCCUUUUCAUUGGCGUGGUGGCCCUGGCCGCGGUCCUGUGGUACCAGCAGCGGCAGAGGAAACUCAGGCGCAACAGGAGGUCCAUCCUGGAUGACAGCUUCAAACUCUUGUCCCUCAAGUAAUGGGUCCCGCACCCAAAGGCCCACCUCAGCGAUGGCGCUCCUGGUUAAGAGCCAGCUGGCUGGCUCUGCAAGCUGGGUGCAGGAUGGGGUGGGGCAUUCAGUAAGAUGCUUUCCGUGGUACCGACCCACAUCGACUUUCUGCUCUAGAGUAGCUCGUGAACAACUAUGGCUUCGAACCUCCCCGCAGCCUCUGGCAGCCCUCCCCAAACUGCCAGAUGUGUCCAGCUGUGAGGGUGACCCCGGCUCCACCUCCUGAAGCUCGACCCUUUCGCUCCGGAAUAUGGCAUCUGGCCAGAGAAAACAGUGCAAAUGCAGGCCCCGACACGCCGCAUCUAGACCAUGAGUCCCGAGGACGAGUCUAGGUUUGGGGCAAGCAGGGUCUGCCUUGCACCUUAAUUCUCCUCGAGACUGAUUGCUUCAGAAGGGGCUGGUGUGGGUUGGGGGAGGUUGGUAGGCAGAAGUCAGCUCUGGAAAAUAGGCCUCUCAUCGGGCACAGGUCCAGAGGGGGACCCAGCAUGCUUUGUUCUGAUGUCAUUCAUAGCAAACACUACAUUAAAGACUUGAUGGAA